AUGGCUUCCAUCUGGAUUCCCUUUUGCCUUGUAGUUGUUUUGGGAUUGAAUUUCAUGAGGAAAUGGAUAAAGGGUUCUAAUAAUGAAGUCAAGAAGAAGCUUCCACCAGGACCGCGGAAGCUACCUUUGAUUGGGAAUAUGCAUCAUUUGAUGGGUUCACUUCCUCACCAUGCACUCACAAAAUUAGCCAAAAAACAUGGAGACCUUAUGCACCUUCAGUUGGGUGAAAUUUCGGCCAUUGUCGUGUCGUCUCCUCGGGUCGCAAAAACUGUAUUGAAAUCUCAUGAUACAGCUGUUUCAAAUAGGCCUGAUUUCCUAGUGGGGAGGAUCAUAUUCUACGACUAUUCGGACCUGGGAUUCGCCCCGUAUGGUGAUUACUGGAGACAACUGCGAAAAAUAUGCACUUUGGAACUCCUCAGCACCAAAAGCGUCCGAUCAUUCGCUUCGAUUCGCCAAGAUGAGGUCUCGAAACUCGUUUCAUCCAUCCGGGAGGAAGCCCUGUUUGAACAGAGGAAACAGGGCACAAAUUUGACCCGGAAGGUCUCCUCCUACACGAUUUCGAUGAUUAGCAGAGCUGCAUUUGGCCGGGCAUUCGAGCGGCAUCAAGAAAAGCUGGCGGAGCUGAUGAGGGAAGUGCUUUUCCGGAUGAGUGGAUUCGACGCUUCGGAUCUUUUCCCAUCCUGGAAAGUUCUUCAGCAUUUAAGCUUGAUGAAGCCCAAGUUGAUGGAGUUGCGAAGUAGGGCUGAUGAGAUUUUAGAUGUCAUAAUUCAAGAUCAUGUGGAGAACCCAACUGGAAAAAACGGCGAAUUCGGCCAAGAAGAUCUGAUUGAUGUUCUGCUGAGGAUCAAACAAGGCGGCGGUGACUACAAUUUCCCUCUUACCAACACAAAUAUCAAGGCUAAUAUGGAAGUCCCCUUAACUAAUCUAUUAUAUCACUUUGAUUGGAACCUUCCCAAUGAUAUCAUCACCACUGGCUUAGACAUGACGGAGAGCUAUGGAAUAACUGCGGCUAUGAAAAAUGACCUUUUCUUGGUUCCGUCUCCGUUAUGA